UCUCUCACUGCUUUGCCGUGCUUUUCUUUGCUUUGCUUUGCUUUGCCUCACCGGAGGUUCCAUUCUUCACACCAAGUUUAGCUCAGCAGGGUUGUGAGUUCUUCUUCGUCUUCUUGCUUUCCAUAUGUAUUAAGAGGCCAACCAAGAACUGCCUUCAGCUGGGCUGCUCCCAUUCUGUACUGUGAGUUCUGCCUCUCCCUCUUGUGUCUUCUCUGGAUCAUUGUGGUAGAGCUGAGACAUGAUGGACAAGGAGAUGAAAGGAGGGUCCGGGAUGCUCAUUCUUCUACUCAUCUUAUCGAGUGGGUUUAGCUCAGCUUCAGCUGCUUCACCUGCAAAGAUCGUCGGUGUAGCUGUCUCCGAUGCUGCCUCUGCCCUCUUGAAGAGGUUCUGGUCUCUGAAAUCUACUACGAAGACUGCAGUCUCUGGUCACCGCCCACUGAUGAAAUUCGAGAGUGGGUACACUGUGCAGACGGUGUUCGACGGUAGUAAACUCGGGAUCGAACCCUACUCGGUCGAGAUGACGCAGAGUGGCGAGCUGCUGCUUCUUGAUUCCGUCAACAGCAAUUUGUACCGGUUUCCGCUUCCUUUGUCGAGAUAUAGCAGACCUAAGCUUAUUGCUGGUUCUCCAGAAGGUUAUGUUGGUCAUAUUGAUGGAAGACCAUGUGAAGCAAGAAUGAACCAUCCAAAGGGCUUUACUGUUGACGAAAGGGGAAAUAUAUAUGUCGCGGACACAAUGAACAUGGCAAUCAGGAAAAUUAGUGAUGCAGGGGUCACAACAAUUGCAGGGGGAAAAUGGAGCAGAGGAGGGCAUUUGGAUGGGCCUAGUGAAGAUGCAAAGUUUUCUAAUGAUUUUGAAGUCAUUUACAUUGCUAGUAGCUGCUCUCUUCUAGUUGUAGACAGGGGAAAUCAGGCAAUCAGGGAGAUUCAGCUUAACUUUGAUGAUUGUGCACACCAAUAUGAAACUGGUUUCCCUCUGGGAACUGCUGUGCUACUUGCUGCUGGAUUCUUCGGUUACAUGCUUGCUUUACUCCAGAGGCGGUUGGGAACAAUGGUCUCUAACCAAAAUGAACAUCAAACUCUCACAAAAGCAAGCAUGUCUCCGUACCAGAAACCAAUUAAACCAUCUAUAAGAUCACCACUUAUCCCUACUGGAGAUGAAGCAGUGCACAUGGACGAAGAAGGUCUCUUCAGCUUAAUUGGUAAACUUUUGUUGGCAAUAGCAGAAAUCUUCGGUGCAAUGUUCCCAAUCUUCAGAAAGAGGUCAAAGACUAAAUAUCAUCAUCAUCAUCAGCAGCAGCAGCAGAGGGCAAACACUCGGUCAGUGCCAGGGAGCUUAGCCAUCCCAGAUGAUGAGAUUCCCACACCUCGCAAGACUUAUGCAUUCAUGUCAAAAGAACCAGAGAAGAUCCACCACAUCCGGCAUGCACCACCUUAUCUGAUGCCACAGCAGCAGAAACAGCAAGUACAUCAACAGCAUCACCUUCAAUGGAACCGGCAGUUCUCAUCGGGCACUGAGACUUAUUAUGAGCAGAGCUGCGAAAUGAUGACUAAUGAGAUUGUUUUUGGAGCAGUUCAGGAGUCAGAUAGCAAGCGGAGGGCAGUGGAGAUGAAGGCUGUGAAUUAUGGGGAUCCCAUGUUUGAGCAGUACGGUGUGCGCUACCGAAAUCAUUACAUCAGUUAUGGCGACUACUAAAUGGUCACUGCAAUUUUUUUUUUUACCCUUGUCUUCCAUGAAAAAUUCACUUUUAGUUUAUAUAUAUGGUCUCUUCCCUUUUACAUGUCUAUAAAUGAGGAAGGACCAAGAAAUACAGCACCACUUGUCGAAAUUUCAAAGAAGAAGUUUCUUCCUUAGUUUUGUAAGAGAAAUCUAAUUUCUCAAAUUGGUUUUGUAAAUUUGUAGUUCAGUGCUCUUGUUGCUUCA